AUGAAUUGGUAUAGUAUCCAAUUAAAAAAUUCUGAUAUCGAUAAUCAUUUACUUCAACAGUUUACCCUUAAUACGAUAACUAUUUCAUCUACCUGUAAUACAUUUCAAUAUAACGACUGUAUUGCAUCAUGCAUCGGAAAUGGUUCAUUUGGUUUCGUUUAUCGAGGUAUAGAAAGUAGCACUGGUAAACCGGUAGCAAUUAAAAAGUUGUCUAAAGGAAGCAUAAAACUGGAUGAAUUAAAAGUAAUGAGAGCAGUAAAAAGUGAUUAUCUGGUUGGCUUCACUGAUAACUGUAUAAAAAGCGAUGAAGAUAGCAUGUAUAUUAUUAUGGAAUUAUGUGAUACUGAUCUUGAUUGUCAUCUUAAAUAUCAUACUGCUGAUGGUACAUUAUCUUCACAUAAUUUAAAACGAUUAAUCGAUAAUGUGAUUCGAGGAUACAAUGAACUUUAUAACUGUUGCAUCGUACAUCGUGACAUUAAACCACAAAAUAUCUUAAUCAAAUAUAGGGAGCAGAAUCUAAUUGAAAGAGCUAAAAUUUCCGAUUUUGGCAUAUCUCGAAUUCUUAAUGAUGCAGAGGAUAAAUCAUUAUCAAAUGUUGCUGGUACAUUGUAUUAUAUGGCACCUGAAGUAGGUGCAAAUAUCUUACGAACACAUGAGUAUGGUCAUGAAGUUGACAUAUGGAGUCUUGGAUGUGUCCUGUAUCAAUGUAUCAUGGGAAAGAUUCCAUUUAAUGAACAAGAAUUAUGCCGUAUGUUCCUCUUCGUAGCUUGUGAUAACUAUGAUGCAUAUGAUAAACCAGAAUUAUCCUUUGAUGUUGAUGAAAAUAUUGCUAAGAUGAUAAAUUCUCAAUUGGAAAUUGAUCGUCGAAAACGAACAACUCCAAAUCAAUUGUACAAUGAAAUCUGCAAAUGGGAUGGUAAUUAUAAAGCAUACAAUGAUAAUUGCUUAUAUAUGGAUGAUAAGUUAAGUUAUCGAAGUAAUUAUAAUAUCACAGGAAUUGAUUAG